GCUAAAUACAUACGUUUGUUUUAAAAGCCGUCUUGCACUAUGUUCCAGAGGAUUGUAUGUCUGCUAAUUGACGUUUGUGCAUAAGUUAAAUUACAGACCUCUGUUUUCCACAAUACGCCUGCCGUUAUCAAAACCAUCUCGUUUCACGGUAUCUUUAUUACCGGCCUGCUACAGGUCCUCAAGUAUAAUUGUGUUACCUUAGAAGAAACACUCCACUGCGUGUGUGUGCCAGCGCGUUAUUUUGAUAUUUAUUUCUUUUGCAAGGAAAGUAUUGCCAAAGACCGGUAAAGGUAAAAUGUAUGGAUUUGUAAAUCGGGCCAUCGAGCUACUUGUUACCCGAAAAUUUGGAGAAGAUGCCUGGAUAAAAAUUAAGCAGGUGGCUGGAGUUCCGGUGGGGAAUCAGUACGGAAUAUUUCAGAGAUAUGAAGAUGCGGAGUCGUACGACUUAGUGGCGGCCGCGGCACAGGUUUUAGGUGUUCCAGCAGAAGCGGUCUUGGAAUUAUUUGGGGAAUUUUUCUUCGACUUUUGUGUAGAAUUUGGAUAUGACAGAAUUCUGCGCGCUCUCGGAGCCACGCCCAUGGAGUUUGUGGAAUGUCUGGACGCUCUUCACGACCACCUGGCGCAUUCGUACCAAGGUAUGAGUGCGCCGACCUUUCGCUGCACCCGAGAAGAUGACUCGAACCUUUCGUCUUUUCAUCUGCACUACCAUUCUCAUCGUGCCGGUUUAUCACCCAUAGUUGUCGGACUGGUGCGACGCGCGAUCAAGGAAAUCUUUGACAUCGAUGUGCAGUUGCAGGUUACCGAAGAAGGACCCAAAGAGCCCGGAGAGGUCAAAUUUCUAGUCACUGCAGAGAAAAAUUCUCUAGAAAAUAGCAGAAGAACUCUGGGAUCGUCGAAUAGUCUGAAAAGUGUAGGACAACACAAAGCAGAACCGUUUAUUAGCGGCGCCACCUUUGGGGAGAUGUUCCCGUUUCAUAUGAUGUUCGAUCGCAGAAUGGAAGUUAUUCAAGCCGGUAGGACCGUGACAAGGAUCGCAUUUCACUCCCAAUCCGUCAGUUUAUCUGAUACUUUCGAAUGUCUGCGACCAAAAGUACAACUAACAUUUGCUAAUAUUCUGGCACACAUCAACACCGUCUUCGUACUCAUUGCAAAGUUUCCUCCGGAAGCCAAGAGACCACUUAGACUAAAAGGCCAAAUGAUCUUCCAGUGGCAAACGGAUACCAUAGUAUUUAUUGGUUCGCCGUCGGCAGUUGAUCUGGAAGAUUUACACCAGCAAGGCGUCUGUCUGGCCGAUCUAUCGUUACACGAUGCUUCCCGGGAUCGUAUUAUCCUCUCCGAAGACUAUAAUGCACAGUAUAUCUUAUCACAAAGCCUGGAACUGAUGACUAAUGAUCUAAGAGCAAAAUAUCUAGAAGUCGAUGCUGAAAAAGAAAAAACCGAAAGCCUUAUUUAUUCGCUCAUGCCACCAGAAAUUGUGGAUGAUUUGCGUCACAAGCGAAAAGUGCAGAGUCGUCGAUUCCCGGACGUAACCAUAAUCAUGACCGGCAUCGAAGGUUUCUCUAAGUACUGUGAAAACCACGAGCCAAUUGAAAUCGUGAAUCUUCUAAAUGAGUGUUUCUCGAUAUUUGACAACCUUCUUGCAAAUCCGAAACACUGUGACAUUUAUAAGGUUGAAACAGUAUUAGAUCAUUACUUGGCAAUUAGCGGAUGCCCCAAAAAUGUUCCUGAUAAUGCAAAAGCAAUUGUGGAACUGGCAAUCGAUAUCAGAGAAACAUGUGCAGAAAACAAAUUUCUGGAAGCAGAUGAUCUUCAGAUUACAUUUGGUGUUAAUUCUGGAGAAAUUGUAAGCGGGAUAAUUGGUGAUCGUAUGCCACGGUAUUGUUUAUUCGGCGACUGUAUAAAUAUUGCAAGUCGAACUCAAACAAACGGAAAGAAAGGAUCGAUCAACAUUACGCAGUCUACGUACGAUCUGCUCCAAAUUUCAACGUCAACGAAUGCCGCUUCUGCUUUCCAUUUCCUCUUUUUCGGCAACAUUCCAAUCAAAGGCAAAACUCAACCCAUGCCCAUUUGGACUGUUGAUAAAUAUCAAAAAUUCCCUGAGAACUCUGUCUAUACCCAGUCUAAUAAAAUCGUGGAAGAUGACUUUGCCUGUGAUAAUCAAAAACCGCUACAAAGUACCGACGCUGACGACCACUCUCUCCUGAAGCCCGUCCCAUCAUCUUCGACGUUGCAGAGCAAUUCCGACAAAGGUUUUCUUCAACGAGCAAUCACGCAGCCUGCAAAACAUGGAUCGUACACAAUGAUCGCCGAAGAGAAACCGUCUCUUUGUGGGUUCCGUGUCAAGAACACGAGUUGCGUUUGCACAAUAACGUAACACGUCAUCUUAACUGUAGUUGUUACUUUUUUGCGCCUGUUGUUACUAUUCUUAUCAAAUUCUGUGUUGCUUUGCUGCGAGUCUAAGUUUUUAAAUAAUAAAAUAAAACCUAAUUUAAAUUAUGUUAUUAUUAAUACAUUAUGUUAUUGCUGUAAUGCAUUCUACAGUACA